AGGUAGAGGUGUAAGAACGUAUUUUCCUUCAUUAAUUUCUUUUUAAAUUGGUUUCGAUGGCGAAGAAAUUCAAGCUGUCAAAUGACCGUGAGCUUUUUGAUUCGUUUUUUCCUGGACUGGUCGAUGAUAUUGUGAAGGAGAACGAGAAUGAUCCGGAAACCGGAGAAGCAGCUCGACAUAUGCGUGAGGUAUUGGAAUAUAAUGUUCCUGGAGGAAAAAAGAAUCGUGGCCUUUCUGUGAUUGGAUCAUUACGGCACCUUAUUAGUCCUGAUAAGCUAACAGAGACAGAUGAGAAGAAUGCAAUUAUACUUGGUUGGUGUGUAGAGUGGUUACAAGCCUUCUUCCUGGUUGCUGAUGAUAUCAUGGAUGAAUCAUUGACAAGACGAGGCAAGCUUUGCUGGUAUAGAAAGACUGGAAUUGGGAAUAUUGCUAUCAAUGACUUUCUCCUCAUAGAAGCCACAAUAUACAAACUGCUAAAGAAACAUGUAUUCCAAGAGCCAUAUUAUGUUGAUGUUUUAAAUUUAUUUCAUGAGGUUACUUAUCAAACUGCAACUGGACAAACAUUAGACCUUAUCACCAAGCCUGGCACAAAUUUUGAGAAUUUUACCAUGGAAAGAUACAAAGCUAUUGUGAAAUACAAGACAGCAUACUAUUCAUUUUAUUUGCCAGUUGCACUGGCAAUGUAUAUGGCAGGUAUAAAGGACAUAACAUCACAUGAAAAUGCCAAAGAAAUUUUACUAGUGAUGGGGGAAUUUUUUCAAAUUCAGGAUGACUACUUGGACUGCUAUGGGGACCCAGCGGUUACAGGAAAAGUAGGCACAGAUAUUGAAGAAGAAAAGUGCUCUUGGCUGAUUAUUCAAGCUCUUCAAAGGAUAUCUACAGACCAGAUGCAAAUUUUAAAGGAUAAUUACGGUAAAAAAGAUUCUGCGUCCUCCGAGAAGGAGGAUAAAAGUAAAAAAGAUUCAUCCAAGGUGAAAAAAUUAUACCAUGAGCUCAACUUGAAGCAGGUAUUUAAGGACUACGAAGAGGAAAGUUACAAGAACAUUGUAGAACUUAUAUCGCAGAAAUCUGGCAACCUGCCUGAAGGAUUAUUUCUAGAAUUUGUGAAGAAAAUAUACAAGCGGAAUAAAUGAGCAGUUGUGCUCCAAACAAGGUUCAUUAUUAUUGAGCGACCACUACACUGUCAUUUUGACUGACAGUAAUACCGGCAGAAGAAGACAUAGGUGUGCUGGUAACAAUUUCUCGCUUCCACCUUCAAUUAGCUGUGGGAAAGUUUAGCGAGAUGAACGCGCGGCUGAAGAGUAAUGAGACUUUGCCUCAAAAUGCAAUUGCACGUGUCAUAUUAUGGAAGCACGGCUGUGCGGAUGUGGAGAUUUACAUGAUAAGCUGAAUUGUAUACACGAGUUUUGAUUAGUUCUUAAGGUCUA